UGAGGACAAUGUAAAGAAACGAACCAAAGAUGGACUAAUGCUGUGCAGUGAGAUGAAUUAUAAGAGCACUGCUGACCAGGCAACAGCAGAGGUCGCCACACCACAGAGUCAGCGAUGCAAGUGAAUGAAUAGAUGCAAAUUUGCUCUAGAUGGCGUGCACUUAGGCAACGUCGUGUCUUGAAUUUAAAAUCUUUCAACUUGAGAAAAAAAUGUACUGAGACAAGAGGAAAAGGAAGAGAGACACACCUCAGUGUAUCUGCAUGAGGGAGGAUCCGCAGGUGUCAGAAGACAAAAGAAGUAACCUGACUCUGCUCUACCUCUGUUGAAAACACUGUUGCUAAGGGGUGUAAGCGUCAUAACAACACAUCUCACAUAUCACACACACACACACACACACACCUGUUGUUUGGCAAGCUGCGGAGGAGACAUCUUCAUAUGAAAACACAUAUGGUAGACCUACCUCAUGUCAUAUCAGGGAAAUACAGACCCACUGCCUCAGGUACCAGUGUACUACAUUGGGAUGCAGCCUGGUCAUAAUGCAGUAUAUCCAGCUGCAGUUAACCAUGGAUCUGUGGCUCCUCCACCAUACACACUGCCUCCUACUCCCAUGCUGAUGCCCACACCUGGCCGACCUACAGGCUGCCCACCUGGACUGGAGUACCUGACUCAGAUUGACCAGCUCCUGGUCCAUCAGAGGGUCGAGCUAGCUGAAAUGGUUAUUGGUUGGGAGAUGAGCAACGUUUACACAGUAAAGAAUAGCAUGGGGCAGCAGGUGUUUGUGGCUACAGAAGAAAAUGACAUCUUCACCAUGCAGGGCUGUGGCCCUGCCCGGCCUUUCACCAUUCAUCUCCAUGACAAUGUGGGACAGGAAGUCUUAACCCUUACUCGCCCCCUCAGGUGCACCUUGUGCUGCUUCCCCUGCUGCCUUCAAGAGCUGGAGGUGCAGAGCCCUCCUGGAAACCCCAUAGGCUACGUGGAGCAGAACUGGCACCCUGUUCUGCCCAAGUUCACUGUCCUGAAUGAGAUGAGGAUGCCCCAGCUGAUGAUCAAGGGGCCAUGCUGUGACUGUAGGUGCAUGUCUGAUGUCAUCUUUGAGGUGACAUCCCUGGAUGAGUCUGCUGUGGUGGGACAGAUUAGUAAGCAGUGGGGUGGGUUCAUGCAGGAAGGCUUCACAGAUGCAGAUAACUUUGGGAUCUCAUUUCCUGUGGACCUGGAUGUGAAGAUAAAAGCUGUAAUGCUAGGAGCCUGCUUCCUCAUUGAUUUCAUGUUUUUUGAGACUAAUCCACAUCACAAUUAAUAAACAAUUUACGGGAAGCUUGAGAUAGGCUUUUUAAAUGCAAUUCUUCAUGCAGCAUGCUGAUUUACUACAUUGCAAACUUGCUAUCUGUAGGUACCACUAAAGUUGUUGUUAGGAAUGCCGGUUGCAUUUGAGCCUGAGAAACUCUUUCUAUGUGAGUGUUAUCUUUAUGAGGGACAUGUUGAGGCAACUGUCUGUCUGUCCCAGUAUGUCCUUUGAACAGCUACUCCGGUCUGAUCUCAUUAACUAUUGCAAAAAGUUGCAUAGUUCUCAUCCAUAUGUAUUUGUUGGCCCAAAUAUGCCACCAGGUGUCCUGGAUGAGGCUAACAAAGUGAACGUUGCUUGGAUUCCCAUCCUGAUUGUGGAUUUUUUCCAUAUCCAAAUUAAGCAUAGCAAAUUUUGUAUGUUGCAGAUUGUAA